GUCUUGGUCACGUGGACAUUGGGUGAUACCGGACCCUUGAUUCAUAGAGUAUCCAAUACGUUUCGGUAGUAAAGUCAGACAUUUUAACUGGAGCAGCUCCCACGAGGCCGAGUGAAGACUACUCAUGCUCAGUGCAUGCCGAUUAUGAAUCUAUUAGUGAAAAUAACCUAUGUGAGCAUGCCACCGCAGCUGUGGGUUGAGAAUACAUCAAUUUUUGUUUCUGGAAGCCUUGUAAUUGAGUGCGUUUUUAACAAUGGGCUUACAAUGUUUGUGCCACAAUUUGUAUAUACCAGCGGGUAUGAUAGCCCUGAUUUCGCAACAUAGUGCCACAUGAAAUAUGCAUGACCGACUUGACAUUUGGCCUUUACCAGCAAACGGCACAGAUGCAGUUUGUGUGUGUCAUGAUCGAGCCAUCCAGGUUUACAGCCUCAGUCAAUAGUCUGUCACCGUCGUCACAACGAUGAACAGUCUAUGAUGCCGGCACUGGCUGCGCACGAUCCAUUCUGCGAGUACGACUUACGUUCUGCUGCAACUUGAGCGUGAACUGUCUUCAAGCUGGGCAUGGAUGUCGACGCUGCCCUACAGAAUGUCGGUGGCUUCGGUCCCUUACAGAAGGCGAACUUCUUCCUAUGCAGCCUGGCAACUUUACUGGCACCGAUCCACAUGAUCGGGCCAGCCCUCUCGGUGGGCCAGCCCGACGGUUAUCGAUGCCGGCCGCCACCGGGCUUCACGUUGAACGAGACGGUGCCUUACCUGGGAGGCGACGCGGACGAGGACACCUACGACAGUUGUCAUCUGUACCGAGUAAGGAAUGGCAGCGUCACCUCUGAGCUGACCACUUGCUUGCAUGGAUGGGAGUACGAGUCCACCCACGGGGAAACAAGCGUGGUAACUGACCUGGAUCUAGUCUGUGAAAAACGUCUACUCGGCGGCACGAUCCAGUCCAUCAGCUACAUCGGCUGUCUCCUUGGGUCGCUUAUUCUGGGCCAAAUGUCCGAUACUUACGGCCGGCGUAAGAGUCUAAUAUGUUCGCUCCUCGGUCUCGGAGUCUGCGGAACCGUAGUCAGUUGUGCCUGGAACUACUACCUGAUAGCGGCACUCUUCUUUGGCGUUGGGUUUUGGUUGGGGGGCACUGUUGUCAUCAGUUACGUUUUGGCCAUAGAGAUGUGCACCACAGAUAGGCGAAUGAAAGGCCAUGUCGUGAACGGCGUCAUGUACGGUACUGGCGUGUUGCUGGUGGGGCCGCUGGCCUAUGUCUUCCCCAACUGGAGGCACUUCCAGCUUGCCAUUUCGUUGCCAAGCUUUCUGCUUCUACCUUUCAUCAUUCUCUGUUCCGAAUCUCCAAGGUGGCUGGUUCAAAAAGGUCGGUUCGAGGAGGCGGAAAAAAUCAUCGCCAGAUUUGCCAAGUCCAAUAAAGUGCCUUACUCCAAGGUGCUGAGUGUCCACGAUGAAACUAAAGACUUCCCACUGGAGGAUGUUUCCUGUAUCGAUCGUGAGUCCAGCGAUGCGACUGAUCACAGAAACGGCUACGCAAAAGUUCAGAAUGGCAAACUGCCAUCGACAGUAUCGAUGAUUGAGAAAUCGAAUCACGGCAUGAGGGAUCGAAAACGACUGUAUUCGACGUUUCACCUGUUUACCACGAAGAAGAUGGCUGCUCGGACUCUCAUAUUAUUUCUUUGCUGGUUCACAGCAAAUUGUGUAUACUUCGGAUCGGUAAUAAACACGUCAAAUUUAGCUGGGCACAAAUAUCUCAACUUCUUCCUGAUUGCUCUCCUCGAGCUGACCUGCUAUCCAAUCGACUACUUUGUCAUGAAAAGAUUUGGGCGUAAACGACCACUCAUGGCAUAUUUUGUUGGGUCGGCAAUCGCAUGUACAGUUGUGGCUUUUACACCCGUAAAAAUAGGGAGUGGCGUCAGUUUAGUGGUAGUCAUCGUUGCCUUUUCUAUGCUAGGAAGAUAUUUUGUUGGUGGAGUUUUCAACAUCGUCUUUCUGAUUUCGGCCGAGGUUUUCCCAACAGUGUUAAGGAAUAUCGGCUUGGGUGCCUGCUUCACGGUUGGACGAAUUGGAGCUGUUAUCUCACCCUUUCUCGUGCAUCUUAAUACAGUGGCUGAAUGGGUACCGCUGACGAUCUUCGGUGCUGUGUCUCUAGUGGCCGGCCUUCUGGUUUCCCUGUUGCCGGAAACACGCCACACUCACCUUCCUGAAACUAUUAGUGAUGGGGCCCAGCUCGCUAAACCAAAGCCUCCUCCCGCUCACGUAUGAAAAAUAAAACCUAACCGAGCAAACAAAUCGAGAACUUUCAUCCACCUUUAUUCUUAGGUGCUGGAUGGUGCCGUUAUGGUUAAUGCAUACACUUACACUGUUACAGUCUUCAGACAUUGCUCUGCAGUAUAUACUUGCACUCUCAUCAGUUGCGUCGACGGACGUACAUCUUAAAGUUACUCGUGGUCCGCUUCUGCUUGUGGUAGGCACAAAAAGUGACGUCGCUUGCCUGGUCACUUUGACAGUUCCACCGCCUCAGACCAAGAUAAAAUAUCUCUGCCUUGAUAUGCUUAAGAUUCUCUGCAAAGGGAGCCUCCACUCAGUGUAGAGCUGAGACAACAACAAAAAACAGCUUUACCUCAGGGAAAGAAUUUGCUUUGAUACUUGGUCCUCAAAAACUAAAUUUUCUUUAUUCUGAGCCCUGUUCUUUAAACGUUUAUAGUUUAUAUGUGGGAGAUUUGCAUAACUAACUAUACGUUUUCCCGCACAUUCUUUUUCAGGUUUGCUUUGUUCAAAUUCAUAAACGGUUAACUUCAAAUUGGGGCCUUAAAUUCAUGACCUUUCGUUUCUCGUGCUCAAUCUCGCGUUGGUCGAUCAUUUUUGCACGUUUACCAAAAAGCUUCAUAAGUUACUAUAUUUUUCCCGUGAGACAAUUUGACCGUUCGCCAGUGCCAAACUUAGCCUAGACGAAAAAUGUGUUGAAUGUGAUAAAUAAAAACAAAUUUUUGUCCUUCUGAUUGGUUGUUCAACAUUAAAUUCUCGGUUUUGCAAUAAACCGGGCCCAACAAUUCUGAGCGUGGUUGUACAAAUUCGAUGAUUUUCAUCGGAACACUCUUGAAAUUUAUCUAACAAAGACUAUUUCAAUCUUUACAUUGAGUACGUAAUCGGCAGAUAAAGAGAAUUCCAUUUGAAAUCUGACGAAAUCAAAAUAAUGGACACAUGCUGAAACAGAUCAGACACUGGAAUUUCUGGAAUGACAGGCGACUAACUGUAUUGCAACAUUAGCGCAUUCCCGACUUCGAGAGACAAAUUUCAAGUUAACCGUCUAUGAAGGUGAAUGAAAAACGUUUGAAAUAUGUGAGAAAAUAUAUAUUGAGAAAAGGUAGUAAACAAGGUUGCUUUUUUUCUGAAAAAUAAUUCCUUUUAUCAGUGUGUGACGAGUGAGAGGGCUGCAUGUCUAUGGAAUGCAAAUGUAGAAUUUAAAAGUUAAUUUGAAAAAUAACCAAAAUGUAUUGUUUUUAGCCAGCUAGAGGUAAACAGCGCUCCCUUUGGUCGUGUACAUGAGUAAAGCUUUAAAUACAGAGGUUUUUGAAUUACAUGUACCACCAGAUUCCAAGCAGUUUCUUUAGUGUCGUGGAUAGGACGCAUAUCUUGAGUUCACGUGAUGAGCUCCCAGCUGGGUUCAAUUCCUAGCUGUCGACAUUAUUUUUCAUCCCCCCUCUAACAUUUAAUAACAGAGUUUUGGUUAUCUGAUUUGUGACUCUGAAUAAUUUUUGCUCGGGGGAAAAUCCGAAAAUAUAAAAGGGUCUUAUACCCACGUUGUGAAUACGAAGUUCACUGCGACUCUGUUGAUACAGAGCCAGACUAAGAUUUGCCAUGGUCAGCGGCGUAGCCAAGAUUCGGGGGGGUGACUGGAUGUUGGACAUAUACAUGUACAUAAUCGUGAUCUUAUCAGGAUAUGCAUGUGUACAGUUUCCGAAAUGCAAGUUGGGGGGGGGGAUUGGGGACGACGAUUUAUCAUGGGGGGGUGCGCCCCACGCCCCGCCCCCUUAGCCAUGCCGCUGGUCACGGUAAGAAUUGAAAGUCCUACGAAUCAUUUCGUAGCCAGCAAAAUAUCUUUCAGUUAAGUAAUCGUUUAGUUUGCCGGCAACAUCUAAAUAUCUACUGCCUUUACUAAAAGACAAAAGAUGCUAAGCAGUGUUGUGGUCGAGUCCAACAACUUGGACACCAGGUCUCACCAGUUUGAGUCCGAGUCCACAAAAGCUGAGUGCGAGUCCGUCAAAAAGCAUGACACGAAUCGACACUCGGGUAUUUUUUUAUACAUGGCGGGGUUUGCUUGGAAAAUAUUCUGAUUUAAUUGCUUUAAUAAAAAAUUAUCAAGUAAUUUUAUUUUUUUAAGUUUUCUAAUGAAAUGAUCUUUCUGUUAAAAGCAAUCCUGAAAAGUGCAAUCGCACUUAUAAAUACUUUAAUUCAUAUAUCUGCGCACAUCGGUGUAUUUCAACCGAUGUUUAGGCAAUAAGGUUUAGUUAAUUGCAAGUCCUACCUGGAGAUAAUCUGAGAGAUAUUCAAAAUUUUGCAAGACUGCACGCACACAAGAAGCAUUGGCACGUGCAUGUUUGGUUGCAUGGACAGUUUGUGAAGGGAAGCAAUAGAAUAAAUAAUCCAGUGAAACACUCAAAUACUUAA